AUGUCCCACUCCGGCGGCCGGCUCACAGACUCGGGGGAGCUGCCGCACCUGGGCGCGUAUCACCAAAUCGUGUCCACGAGGAGGAAGCCCGUCCCCGUCCCGGCGCGAGCGGGGCCAUAUCACCAAGGAAUUGAUGUCGAAGAGGAAGAGUAUCCAUCAGUACCAAGGCUCUACGAGUCUCACGAAGGCGGGGUUGCAGACAGCGCAGAUUCUGGCCACCGCUCAAAGACACCUCCCAAAUGGCCGCGAAACUCCCAUCCAGCUCUAUGGGCGCCGAUAUGGCUCAGUCGAGUAGCUCUCGUAGCCUUUGCCAGCACGUUUCUGCUGAUGCUGCUGGCCACCGCCCUGCUUUACCACUUUUCCGAGGAGAACAGCGGACUUAGCGUUCAGGAGGAGGCAAACCACUACGCCUGGAAAUAUGGCCCUACCGCAGUUCUUGUCGUUGUUGGGGCCCUCUGGCGGCAGGUAGACUUUGCAAACAAGAUCCUGAUGCCCUGGGAAGAGCUGAGAACCGGGCCUUCGUCGGCAGACAAGACCUUGCUCCUCGACUACAUCUCUCCCUUGCUGCCCACGGUCUUCUCAACCGGUUUGCUCAUCCUAGAGCCAACUCAGAUGGCGAAGAGCAACCAAAAGUUCCAGCUCUCGUCAAAGUUCCAGCUGAAUCAAUCUGUCGAUCCCACAUUUGCCUGGGCAGUCGGUCCUGGUCCCGCGCAGACUUACUAUGGAAUAAACUUCUAUGGACUGCGGUAUCCUCCCGGCACGGCAGAGGACUUCAUCGUACCUGACUUCAAAGUCCCCUCAAUGGCGGCCAGCAAUAUUGAAUACUCGAUGAGUACCGACGGCGCCAAAGUCGGCUAUGACUGCGAACUGCUCCCCAUCACCAACGGCACGAAAGCUUACAUGCCCUGGCGAAGCAUCCUCGCGUCUUACAUUGUUGCCAACGUCACCACCAAGGACUGCGACAUCAAAGGAGUCACUCUAGCUGCUGGACCUGACCAUUACUUUUAUCAUGAUAAGAACGCGACGCAGAACUACCAGGCUCAGUUCGUCGUCUACCCCUGCAACUUCGACUUCGAUUUCAGCAGACAGUACAUACAGCAAGGCAAUCUUUCGAUGGAUAUGAAGGUAUACAACACUAGCCGAGAUCUACGACUUUUCAUGUCCGUGGUUGAUCUUCGUAUUUCACCCUGGAAUGCUUCCUCCAGCGGUCCCCGGUACAUGUACCUCCAUAAUGUCACAGCUGCUCUGUGCAAGCCAUCCUACGAGCUCGGCCGCUUCGAGGUGGGUGUCCCAAAUGCCGACAACGGCUCUGCUCGUGCUCUCUUCUCAGCAUCAGCAAAGCAAAGUGCUCUCAAACAGUUUCCCCACGGGUCCCUGACCAUGGCCGUCGAUACCACAGUCGGCAACUGGAUUCUGGGCAACGGAGGAGUCGACUAUGUCCUGACAGCAACCGUGCCGACAUUUUUCCAACUUAUGUCGAAGAAGGCUGGCGUAGAAUCCAUCAGGAGCUUCAUGGAUCCAGAGCUUCUCAUAAAGACUGGAACUGAUGUAUUCAAGGGAAUCGCAGCUCAAGUGUUGCACUCAAUCAUCGUCCAGCCGGCCAAUCGAACGACCAUGGGAAGCAUUAGGUAUGAGGAGCAGAGGCUGCGUGUCAAGGCUCUUUCCACCGGCUUCAUGUGCAGCUUCCUUGGUCUUCUGGUCCUGAUUUCUGUGGCAAUGAUAUUCACUAGGCCUGGCUUUGCGGCUCCAGAUCGACCAGGAGCAGCGCUCUCGAUGGCUACUCUGCUAGCCUCUAGCCCCCCUCUCAACGAAAUCCUGUCAUAUAUGGGGUCUCUGAGCAACGAAAAGCUACAACAGAACCUCGGUGCAUACUAUUUCAGAACAGCUAACGCUUCCGAUCCCGGUACGGGCGUCUCGAUCGAGCCAGUCCAACGAAACGAAGCUCAGACCGUGAGCCAUCCCACCGGACAAGCACAAAGCCAAGUGCCGUCAUGGAAGCCAAUGGCAAGCACCACUUGGUUUCUUGUUCUUGCAAUAUGUCUGCCACUCGCCAUGAUUGCGUCUCUAGAAGUUGUUCAGCAUUUCUCAGACGUAGGGGAAGGUUUUGUGAGCAUUAACCACUCGAGCUCUAUUGUGCUCGCGACGUAUAUCCCGUCAGCGGUUGCUCUUGGAGUGGCUAGUCUCUAUGCUGCAAUGCAGAUGAUGGCCGCAACCUUUGCGCCGUUUGCGCCUCUGAAGCGUGGGAAAGCCGGUGCGGAGACGACAAUCUCGCUCAGCCUUGUUGGCCAGCUGUUUCCUCGAGCCUUCUAUCUAUCUCUAAGAUCGAAGAACUUCGCAGUGGCCUUUGCCCUAUUCGGCACCUUUCUCGGGAGUUUCCUGUCCAUCAUAGUGUCAGGUCUCUACAGCAGCAUCAGCGUCCCCAUCGUCAAGAACAUGACGCUCUACCAAAGCGACCGAUUCAACUUUGACGAUGCGAAUAUCUCCCUGGACGAUAACGAGGCGGCCGCCAUUGACAACUUGAUUGAGUACUUGGGACUGAAUAGCACAAGAUGGAUAUCGGACGAUCUCGUUUUCAACACAUUCAACCAGGACGCCGUCAUCUCAACCAACUCAAGUGAGAACGUGCCGCUGCAGGUCAACAUACCUGCGGUGCGGGCGUCGCUGAACUGCACCUCAAUACCCAACGAAGGUCGGCAAGUGACAAUCUUCAAUCAGGAAGCCUCUUCGGCAAUUGAGUUUGUCCUGCCAGGACAAAGCGAGAUCGUGACUCCUCAACCAGGCUAUGUUUGGGUUGGCGUGAACACGACAAUGAGACCUGCUGACUGGUGCGAGGCUGUUCCCCAGGGCAUGCAGAGGGAGGAACCGUGGAUGCAGUACUUUCUUCUUCCCAACGACACCAGCAUGGCGUAUGUCGGCAAAGGCUCGAUUAUGACAUGGAGUGGCGGCAUUGUAGGUGGCGAUGGGGCGCUGAGCACCAAUCCCUCCGAGGGAAUCUUGGGCGACGCAAUCACGGAGACGGACAAUGGGUGUCCGACGUUCACCGUCACGUUGGGCCGCAUGAGGUUGAAGAAGUCGGGCAAAGGCUCCAAGGCCAAGAUUUCGGGAUUCGAGCAAGACCUCGCCACCAUUGUGUGUUAUCAGAACAUUGAGCAGGUCAUGGCCAAUGUCACAUGGCAGCUCCCUCAAUUCAGUCUCGAUCCCGCCCAGCCCCCAGAGACAGACGAGCGCACAGCGAAAUUCUUAAGGUCGAAACGCGGCAGCGAGAGAUUUCCAUUUCUGCCAAACGCCUGGCUGAAUGGCUUGACCAAUCCGCUGUUUAACCAGACGGUUGCUGGCCCGAACAACUCUGACCCGGCGCAUAAUCACAUAGACAACUUCAUCGAAGCUCUAGUCUUCUCCAAAGGGGGCAGGCCGGUGACUGAGCUUGCCGGCGCCAAGAAUGUCGCGAACCUCAAGAAUGCUACCCAGCAGCUGUACGGGGUGUACAUGGCCCAGGCCAUAUCCCUCAACAUGCGCGACAACAGCACGGAUGGCGACGGCGCCUCUCUGCCUACAUACGAAGGCGUUGUGACCACGUCUGGCCAUCAGCGGCUGCAGCAGAAUCGCGGGCCCAAGAUCGCGCUCCAGGUUGUUCUAGCCGUCAUGGUCGCGUGUGGCAUUGCCACGAGGUUGCUUCUCCCGGUGCGAGAUGUUCUGCCUCAUGACCCUUGCUCGAUUGCCGGGACAGCCACUUUGAUGGCAGGCGGAGAAUUGGUGGCUCGACUGGCCUCGUCCAUGGCUGAGUGGGAUGGGCAGACGAGUGCGGAAGUCCUGCUUGCGAAUGGGCUGUUUAGCUUGAAGUGGUGGCGAGAUGAGAAGGGCAUGGAGCGAUAUGGCAUUGAUUUGGAGCCAUCAUGA